GUGUCACAGUGGUCAGUGGCGCCUGUGGUGGGAGUGGUAGUGAUGGUGCUGGUGCCGUGGUGUUUAGUAUUAGUUGUCUUGCUAGAUACCCAGAUAGAUCCACUCACACAGCCACAUAUACUGCAAAAACAAACUCAUACCCAAAACAUUCUUAAACACACUCAGAACCAAACUGAAUACACAUACACACAAGUGAGGAGUGUUACCACAUUCUCGACAAUGUUUAGCAGCACCAAGCCCCAAGACAAGAGCGAACCAGCAGCGCAAGCCAGGACAACAUACCACCAUCACCACAACCCUCCACAGUGCCACACGUCCAUUUAAUCAAGGCUGUGAUGUGUAAAUGAAACAGUGAAAGGAAGGAGAAAAAAGAAACAAAACAAGAAGACGAAAAAGAAAAGAGGAAAAGGAGGAGGAACCGAAUCACAAUAUUUAGCUAAGUCUCCCAUGUAAUCCUGUCGAUCUUUAUAAUGCACUUUGGUGUUUUGCGGGGUAUAUUUCGGUGUUUAAGUAUGUAUAGUAGUGUUGCAUGGUGUUCUAGUACAUUUGCAGUGUUGAAAGUUUGUUUUUAGAAUGCAUUUUGAGUGUUGUGAAUGUGUUAGACAGUUUUAAGUAUAAUUUACGAACUAUGAGUAUGUUAUGGGAGUGUAUUUGAGUAUUUGGGUAUAUUUUGAGUGUGUUUGGAGACAUUGUAAGGUGAUUAUGAUGUUUCGAGUGUGUUUUUAGAUAAUUGUGAGUGUGAGAAGUAGUUUGGGUCUGUGUGGGGGUGUCUUUGGGUGUGUUUUGUGGUGUGCUGGUGCUUUUGGUGUAUACUGAGUGUUUCUAGUGAGUUUUGGGUGUUUACUGGUAUCAUAGUAGUGUAGUAUGGUGUUUUGAGUGUGUUUUGGGGUUAAUUUCGAGCAUUACAAGUGGUUGGGUGUAUCUGGAUGUGAGGGAGCAGUUUUCUGUGUGUGUGUGUGUGUUCUGAGUGUGUUGUUGCAUACGCACAUACUUUAUUUUAUCAAGAAUAAGAAAAAAAAAAGUAAGAAGAAACCAGUAACAAUGAAGAGAUGUCACCAUUAAAAUUUCUUCUCCCAUCUCCGUUAAAACAACAAGUAACUGAGAACUGGCAACUGUCCCUCUCUCACACACACACACACACACACACACAUAUCAGUGCAGCACCAGCAGUCGUAAGGAGGCUGCAUCUCACACUCCUGGAGGCUGCACGUGUCUGUGGCUCCAAUGACAAACUAAACCAUGUAAUUGUGAAUGGUUUAAGGCUUCACCAUUACAGAGAGCCACGGGAGCGGUAAAUCAGCGCUGUAUCGGCUGUUAAGAGCGCUGUAUUCACUUUACCGGGAAAUAUUUCUGCCUGCUCCCGUGUUUACCUGUCAGAGUGGUUACCUGUGCCCCGGGAGUCACCUGUGGGUUAAUUAAGGUGGUGUGGUGUUGUGGUGCCGCCCCUCCCCAGGAUCACGUGGCACCUCUCAAUAAGUGCCAAGAUGACACGGCACUGACUGGCAUUGUCUAGGGUGUGGGAGUGCAUAGAAGAAGGAAAACGAGGAGGAGAAGGAGGAGGGAAAAGGAAAGUGAGGAGGUGAAGAAGGAACAAAAGUAGAAGGAAGAAGAAAAAUGAGGAAGUGAAGAAGAAAAAGAAGAAAGAAGGUGAAGAAGAGAAGAAAAGUAAAAAGGAGAGAAAAAGAGUAGAAGGAAGAACGGAAAAAGAAGAAAAAUAAGGAAAUAAAGAAGAAAAAGAAAAAAGCAGAAACUACUACUACUACUACUACUACUACUACUACUACUACUACUACUACUACUACUACCACCACCACCACCACUAUGGAGUUGCUAAAGAGGAUAUUCUCGGCCCUCUUCUAUGGCCUAUGUUCGUUCCUCAUCAUGGUGAUCAACAAGAUGAUUCUCACCACGUACAAGUUCCCCUCCUUCCAGUUCGUGGCGCUUGGACAGAUGACAGCCACAGUGGUAGUGCUGUUUGUGGCCAAGAAGCUGCGUGUGGUGGAUUUUUCAGGAUUCUCGUUGGAAAUUGUACCAAAAAUCUGGCCGCUGCCUCUCAUGUAUGUGGGCAACCUCAUCUUUGGUCUCGGAGGCACCAAGCGACUCAGCUUGCCGAUGUUCACCGUGCUGCGAAGGUUUAGCAUUCUCUUCACCAUGAUCGCCGAGAGACUACUGCUUGGUGUCCACCCAGCCCUCACUGUGCAGCUGACUGUGUACAUGAUGAUCCUGGGCUCCAUCAUUGCUGCUGUGAACGACUUGUCCUUUGAUUCCAUUGGCUACUUCUUUGUGCUGACCAACAACGUGUUCACGGCGGGCACUGGUGUGUACGUCAAGAAGAAACUGGAGAGUAAGGAGCUGGGGAAGUAUGGCCUGCUCUUCUACAACUCCCUCUUCAUGCUGCCCUUCGCCACUGUCUUCUGCUGGAUCAAUGGGGACUUUGUGAAGACGUGGGAGUACGAGGGAUGGCGGGACCCAGCGUUCGUGAGUCAGUUCCUGCUGUCGUGCAUCAUGGGGUUCGUGCUGAUGUACUCGGUGAUGGUGUGCACUCAGUUCAACUCAGCACUCACCACCACCAUCAUCGGCUGCCUCAAAAACAUCUUCAUCACGUACCUGGGCAUGAUCAUCGGAGGGGAUUACGUGUUCUCCUUCUAUAACUUUGUGGGGCUCAAUAUAAGCAUUGUAGGCAGCAUCAUCUAUUCCUGGGUGACAUUUAGACAAAAGGACAGCCCCAAGGCAGAUACAGUGAAGCCGCCCACACCUGCCACAACGGUAUAGUGGUAAAAGACUGACUGGUGGGGCAGAGCGGCAUCAAAGAGGAGAAACAUGUGGGUAUGACUAGACACAGCCACCCAGAGACGCCUCACCAAGCUGUCAUCUGUUCACUGGGGUAAUGAUCACUUCCACACACAUGAAGGCAGCAUGUACCAAGAGAGGCCUGGAAUGUGUGGCUGCAGGUGUUGUCUGAGGAAGUGCUGGAGUGUGUUGGGUGUUCGAGGAAGUGUAUUGGAGUGUGUUGAGUUUGUUGGUAGAAAGAGAAGGUGGAAAGAUGUAAAGUUUAUUAAAUUUUGUCGUUGAUAGAAGUGAAGGAGGUUUGUUGUGUGUGUGAGUGAUGUUUGUAAGUGUAAGAGGAAAUGCAGAAGUUUCUUGAGUUGGUAGAAAGAGGAGCUGGAAAGUUGUAGAAGUUUAAGUUUGUUGUUGAUAAAAGACCUUGGAGUUUGGAGCAAAUGGAAAGAAUUAACCAUGAUGCAAAGAAAAGAGA